CUGAUUGGAAAAGCCCACACUUGUGCAGUGUUUGCUAGUUUGGUAGCGUAUUAGUGCUGGAUAAACAGGCCAACCGAAGAAACAUGAAACUUGGAUGUUUUCAGUUGUUCUAAGAAAACCAGUCUGCCAGCUGUACUGUGAUGAUUUAGUGGUGAACAAAGCACAUGAAAAUGGCCGGUAAACCAUCAAGUGUGCAGAAGAACUGGACUUUUCUGAAAGAAAAAGUUACCCCUCUUGAUGCAGACACAGAGGCCAACUUGGAAAAUGCAGAACCUGAGCUUUGUAUCCGCUUGCUGCAAGUCCCAACUGUUUUGAAUUACUCUGGCCUAAAGAAACGACUGGAAAAUAGCAGUAAUGACUGGAUGGUACAAUUUCUAGACCUUGAUGGACUUGAUUUACUGCUCGAUGCCUUGGAGAGGCUCUCAGGCAGAGGAGUGGCAAAGAUCUGUGAUGCCCUCCUACAGCUCACUUGUGUUAAAUGCGUACGAGCUGUGAUGAACUCUUCAAGUGGUAUUGACUACAUCGUGACAAACGAAGGCUACAUUCGAAAACUAUCCCAAGCUUUGGACACAGCCAAUUUCAUGGUAAAGAAACAAGUGUUUGAGCUGUUAGCAGCAUUAUCCAUCUACUCACCAAAAGGUCACCAUCUGGCUUUGGAUGCACUGGAACACUACAAGACUGCAAAAAGCCAACAAUAUCGAUUUAGUGUUAUCAUGAAUGAACUUCAGACCACAGAUAAUAUUCCAUAUAUGGCGACACUUAUGAGUGUCAUCAACGCAAUUAUUUUGGGAGCUGAGGAACUGAUACCGCGGUCAGAGCUUCGGAAUGAAUUCAUAGGUCUCCACCUGUUGGACUUACUGCCAUUACUAAGGGAAAAAGAUGAGGAGGAUCUCUUGGUCCAAUGUCUCACCUUUGAGGAAGCUAAAGAAGAUGAUGAUGAAGAAUUAAUGAGAAUCUACGGUGGCAUUGAUAUGACCAGUCACCAGGCAGUAUUUACAGCAUUGUUUAAUAAGGUGAGCACCUCACCAGUGUCAACUCAGCUGCUGUCUAUUCUACAGGGGCUUCUGCAGCUCGAACCAGCUAACAAUGUCCUGCUCUGGGAAGCAUUAGAAAUCAUGGUGAAUAGAGCCCUUCUAAUCGCUGAUGACACAAAUGAAGAAAAAGAUGUUGGCCCUAUUAUGGAAAGACUUGUCGUAGUUAAGAAAUUAGGAAAAGAUCAGUUGAUGAAACAAAAUGCUAAUAAAAAAGCUGUUGAUAGAGGUAUACAGACAGAGCCCAUGACAUUAACUGUAAUAAACUCAUCAGUUCCAGCCUGCCUUCCAACUAGCCAGAUGCAAAGUGCCCUAUCUUCACUUCCCCCUCCUCUUCCAGGCACUACCAGUCAGAUUCCUCCACCCCCUCCCCCACCCCCACCUCUCCCUGGUGUUGGCGGGCCCCCACCACCACCACCCCCGCCCCCACCUCUACCUGGUGUCAGCGGGCCCCCUCCCCCACCCCCGCCCCCACCUCUACCUGGUGUUGGCGGGCCCCCUCCCCCACCCCUGCCCCCACCUCUCCCUGGUGUCAGUGGGCCCCCACCACCACCCCCGCCCCCACCUCUACCUGGUGCUGGUGGGCCUCCACCCCCACCCCCACCCCCACCUUUUUUUGGUGGAAUUCCUCCUCCUCCACCACCACCAGGGGCAUUUAUCCCCAAUGCCCCCAUCGUGCCACACCAAGCUAGCAAUCUGUUGGGUUCAUAUGCUCCACCUAAACGACAAGUUCACCAACCAACAUUACGAAUGAAAAAGCUGAACUGGCAGAAAAUCCCUUCAAGAAUGGCUUCAGAGGGAAAUUCUUUGUGGUCAUCCAUCACAAAAAGUACUGAAGAAUCUUUUGAUCUUGAUUAUGCCAGUAUUGAGCAACUCUUCAGCCUUCCAGUAUCAGAACCAAAACGGAAAGAACAAACUGUUAGCAAAAAGGAACAAAAAGAAGUCACAUUUCUAGACUCCAGGAAAAGCCUUAACUUAAACAUAUUUUUAAAGCAGUUCAAAUGUUCUGAUGAAGAAGUGACUGAUAUGAUCAGGAGAGGGAACCGAUCUAAAUUUGAUGUAGAGAUUUUAAAGCAACUGAAGAAACUAAUGCCAGAAAAUAAUGAAAUAGAAAACAUAAAGGCUUACAGUGGAGAAAAGGAAAAAUUAGCAAGUGCUGAUCACUUCUACCUUCUCCUCCUUGAUAUUCCUUGCUACCAGCUAAGGAUUGACUGUAUGUUACUGUGUGAAGAGGCGACCGUUACCUUGCAGUUGCUCCAACCAAGGGCGGAACUAAUUAAAAUUGCUUGUCACGAUCUUCGUUCUGCUAGAAGACUACCAAUCUUCUGUGACCUGAUUCUUCGAAUUGGAAACUUCCUUAACUAUGGCAGUCACACAGGAAAUGCAGAUGGAUUUAAAAUCAACACACUACUAAAACUAACUGAAACGAAAGCAAACCGAUCCCGAAUUACAUUGCUCCAUCAUACAAUAGAGGAGAUUGAAAAGUCCCAUCCAGAUCUACUGAAUCUUCCUGAAGACUUAAAAAAUAUUUCAAAAGCAGGAGGCUUGAGUGUGGACUCACUUCAGUCAGAUACAGUCAACCUCUUGGAGCGCCUCAAGAUGAUUGGUGGUAAAGUCAAGUCGUCAGCAGAUGAUAUAAAAUUACUGUUCGACAAACCUAUCCAGGAAAGUUUGUCUGAAGCAAUUAAGCUGAAGGAACUCGUUGAAGAUAUUGAGUCAGAGAGGAAGAAACUGGCUGAGUACUUCUGUGAUGAUAUUAGUAAAUUAUCACUAGAGGAACUAUUUCUAACUAUCAGAACCUUCAGAGAUUGUUUCCUCAAAGCCAUGAAGGAAAAUAAGCUCAGAAAGGAGCAGAUUGCAAAAGCAGAGAAGCGGAAACAAAAACUUCAGGAAGAAGAAGAAGCUAAAAGACAAAAAGGAGAGAAUGGACAAGUUAUUCAUAAAUCAUCAAUAAAACAAGAGGAGGGAUGUAUUAUUGAUGCUCUUCUGUCAGACAUAAGGAAGGGUUUUCAAUUGAAGAAGACUGCCAGGAGCAGGUGCGAAACUCUGUCUGCUCCUAAAAGUUCAGUUACUGAGAAAACUAAGCUGAAAAUAUCACUGGAACAAAGUGCCCCUUCUGCAGAGGACAAAGGAAAAGUAUUGGCGCCUCAAUAUACAACCAUACCUCAAAUUUCAGAUGCCGUUUCUGAUCCCAUAAUGGAAGCUGUUACCCAACAACCACACGUUGAAGAGUUGCCUGCUCAAAAAGACAUGGUGCAAAAUAAUACACAGCAGCUGUCUGCUGAACAAGUUUCCAACUCUGAAAGAAAUAAAUCUGAAACUGUAUUAGGACAAGAAGCUGUGACUGAUAAAAAUACAAAUGAAGUAAAUAAAGAAAAUAUUUGCAAGGAAAACUCCAGCUCUGACUGCGAAAAUCUAUUUGGAAAAGAUCGUGAACAGUUGGAACAAUGUCACAGUGAAGAUAAUGUCAAUACAGCAGACAAAAAGGAAGAAAAUUUCUGUUCUAAUGCUACGGUAGAUGGGAAUCUAUCUAAACUUGUUAAUGAUAUAAACCCCCAAAAUAAAGUUGUGGUUAAGCAUGUUGACCCUACACCUAGUGUGCCUGACUCAAUCACAAGUAUGGCCACUGCAAUAACAGUAUCACAAAAUGUGGACCAAAGCAUACCUGACACAAAUAUCUCCAAUUCAAAACCAAAAGUCCAGCACACUGAUCAUACUAUACCUUCAAAAACUCGUUCUUCUAGAUCUGCUUCAUGGUCAUCUUUACCAAAAUCAUCUACCAGAAACUCUCUAGAUGAGAAAAGCAAAAAACUCAAAGGUGACCAUUCCGAAAAGAGAAGCAAUAAACUAAAAAAAAGCUGUCUAUUGCACUAAGAAGAACUGAAGAAAAUGAAAAAUGACAUCAAAACUAAUUCACAGAUGACUCUAAGACCGUGCUCUCUAAAACAAAAACUAAUGAAUUAUUUGGAUAGACAAAUUAGAUGAUUUAAAAGCAUAGUCAAAACUUACAAGAGAGAUUAAGAUAUGCAAUAUUAUUGAAUGUAUGUCAUUUUUCUCAGAAUUUAUUUAAAUUUGUGGUUAAAUUUGCAUUAUUUUUGUUACAUUGAAUCUCAUCUAAUUUAGACAAAAACACUUUUCAGAUGUUUCCAAAAGGUCUAAAUGGAAUAUAUUUAAGAGAAAAAUCUCAACUGAGUUGCGAUUACAUAGACUCUUCAAAUUUGAUUAGCAUUGUGUUAUUACCAAUGAGUGAUAUGUUUUCUGUGCAAAUUGCCAUAUUCUGUUAUGAUACUUGACAAAAGAAAUGGCAGAAAUUUGACUUACUCCAACACAAUACAUCAAAUAAAUGCAGCCUGGAUCGAUAAUCAUAGCCCAAUACUGGACAUGACCGGAGUGAAUUUUCCAGGAAGGUAAUCUCAUUCACUAUCACUUUAGAGUUCGUCCAGACAUUGCUGCAUAAUUUACAAUCCCAUAGAUAUAGAGUUAGCAUAAAGCUGCUGCACACUCACAUUACGCUUCUAAUGUAAAUGCAUAAAACAGGAUGUAAAAGUAUUUUUCGUUGACUCACUGCAAACUGGAACAUAAAAUAUGUCAGUAAUCUCUGGCUGAAAGCAUAAGUCAUAUUGCCAACUGUAUUUAAUAUUCUGCAGUUCUUGCUUCUUUAAAAGACAGUCAAGUGUUCAGUUAGAUGUGGACAAAUGUGCUACAAAUGCUAAUAAUUUGUGAAUGCUUUGAAAACAAAAAUAAGUGUCCAAUCUUUAUUUAGUUACUGUUUAUUCUAUACUGUUUAUAUCUUAUUUUUAACUUUCAAAUGAUCAACAUAAAAGAUUUUUGUUUAUUUUUAAACAAUUGUCUUUGUUAUUCUCUAAGCAUAACAUUUGUCUAUUAUUUUAGUAGUGCAUGUUUGCUUGGAGUUCUCCUCCAACUUCAUAUCGCUGUUCAUGCUCUUUUCCGAUCAAUAAAAAGCUAGACAUUUGACAGACAUAUGACUAUGAUUUUGUAAAAGAAGCUUUUAAAUGGUAACUGGUUGAAGAUUAAAAUUUUUAUACUCAGUGGGCACAAGAUAAAAUAUAACAAAAAUAAGGUCAUAUUGUACCAACAAAUAAAUAUUUUGUUAAAUAUUUAUGUAACUCUUUACUCUUGUACCAUGUUUUUAUAUUGUAUUUCCAAGACAAAACAGCUUUCCUAUAAGAAAA